AUGUGCGGGAACUCGGCGUCAUGUGACGCAGGUGGUUGCGCAGGUUCUUUUGAUAACAACGGCGCCCUAGCCACAUGCAAGGGCAAUUGGGCAACAUGUCGUUGUAAUCCUACGGCCAAUACGUGCGGAAACCAGGCAUCAUGCGAUGCAGGCGGUUGCGCAGGGUCGUUCGAUAAUAACGGAGCGUAUGCCACCUGUAAAGGAAACUGGGCUACUUGCCGUUGUAACCCUACCCAAGGCACAGGCGGUACUUGUGGUGCCCGUGGGAGCUGCGAUGGUGACAAUACUUGUGGAUCACAGCAGAGUUGUGGUUCCAACGGAUGCAACGGGCAAUGGGAUGGUAAUACUGGUAUUGCUAGGUGUACAGGGAACUUCGUGGGAUGCCGCUCAAUAAUUGUGCGGGCGCCUUUACCGGUAACAACCCCUACCCUCAGUGCACUAAUGCCUAUGCGCCGUGCUACUGUAAUCCCACGGACAAUACCUGCGGGAAUCCGCAAGGCUGCGAUUCGAACGGGUGUAAUGGACAAUGGGACUCGAGUGGCGUUGCUCGCUGUACCGGUAAUUUCAUCGGCUGCCGCUGUGAUCCGACAGGGAACACAUGCGGCUCAAGAGCGAGCUGCUUCAGCAAUGGCUGCGCCGGACGAAGGGGCGGUGAUGGCGUCUGGCGCUGUACUGGGAGAUACGCUCCUUGUUCAUGCUAUUACAACUCUUUCUGGGGUAAUCUUGAUAGGGAUGCGGGUUGGACGGGUGGUAGAUAUGAACUCAGAUCGAACGAGAAUGAAUGCACAAACUUACCCUCGAACUGGAACGAUGUCGCCAGUUCCAUCACCAUCAUUUCAUGGGUUGUACGUUGUCAAUUUUAUGUUGACAUAA